AUGCAGACUGCUUCUACAAACAUUUGUGAAAGAAUGGGUCGCUCUCAGGAGCUCAGUGAACUCAAGCGUGGAACCAUGAUAGGUUGCCACCUGUGCAAUAAGUCCAUCCGUGAACUUUCUUUGCUACUAAAUAUCCCACUGUCAACUGUUAGUGGUAUUAUAAUAAAGUGGAAGCAACUGGGAACAGCAACUCAGCCACAAAGUGAGCAAGGUUGGCGCAUGCUGAAGCGCACAGUGUGCAGAAGUUGCCAACUGUCUGCAGCGUCAAUAGCUUAAGACCUCCAAACUUCAUUUGGAAUUCAGAUUAGCAUAACAACAAGUGCAUAGAGAGCUUUAUGGAAUGGGUUUGCAUGGC